GAGUUGCAGUGCCGACAAAUUCGCGCUGCGCGCGCGCGCGCGCGCGCCAGCUGUUUUUAUCGAAUAGCGGCGGGCGGGCCUCGUCUGCUCCCCGUAAAAUAUUCCAUUCAGUCGGCGUUCAUUCGCUCUAGCAGAAUUUAGUGCUCCGCCCGUCGUCCGCGCCAACUGUCUCUGUAUAUGUUGAUUGUUAUUAUUUUAUAUUGAUUCGCGUAGCCGAGUCGUUAAUUUUUUAUGGGUUUUAAUACUGAAAAUUGCUUGGUACACGUGAACUGAACAAGUGCAUCGUUCUAUUACCGACGAGUGAAAGAAAAUGCGAUCAAUUUCUCCAGUCCUUCUUCGUGUGUUACUAUUCUUGCGAGCACAACGCGCGCCAAUUAUCUUAUCAACUUUUAAAGAUUGAAAAGUCGAUUGACCCUUUUGUCAUUUAUGUGCUACUCAUAAACGCUCGACAUGCCGUAUAGUAGAGUGUUUCUCACACAAUAAGCAAUUUAAAAGGCAUGUGAGUGACAGUUUACAAGGCAUUUCACACAAUUAUCAUUUACUUCAAUUCCAUGGAAAUUGAGAAGAAACCAUAUCGGAGGUCUCCACAAGAGGCACUGUAUCGAAUACCUCAAGUCAUCUCAAAGCUUGUUGAAAGAUUCUUUUAUAAUCUUGGGCUGCAAAUAGCAAAAAAACCAAAAAGAUGGAUGAUCUGUUGUUCGGUGUUGGUGAUUUUGUGUCUAGCUGGAUUGCUUCGAUUCAGACAAGAGAAGAACCCCUUGAAACUAUGGGUUCCACCGGAUUCAGAUUUUGUUCGAGAUACAGAGUGGUUGACCUCAACUUUCAAAGAAGGGCAGAGAAUCGAAAGAAUGAUAUUUGCUGCAGAUGACAUACUUGAACCUCAAGCACUACUUAAAUUAAAUGAAAUAACUUUGCGUGUAUUUAAUGCUCAGACACAAACUAUACCAAAGACUUCUUGGACAGAUAUUUGUUUUAAGGUUCCCAUUAUUUCUGGCAUUACUGAACGCAGAAAAAGACAAAUGGAUGAUAGUUUUUUUGACAAAGAGCCAGUCAUGUCAAAUAAAAUUGGAUAUGAUGCAGGAAUACAUUUACCAACUCAAUUAUAUUGUGGUGUUCUUAAUAGUUUACCCAAGGGCUGUUUGUUACUCAGUAUUAUGGACAUUUGGGAGUUUAAUUCAACUUUGAUCAAGUCCCAAACAAAAGAAGACAUUAUUAACAAAUUUAAUUCUGUAAAUAUAAGUCCUACACUAGGUCAUCCAAUAAAUUUUAGUGAAUUAUUAGGUGGUAUCACCAAAGAUCAGAACGGUAGAAUCGUUAGUGCAAAGGUCGUGAAAACGCAGUGGAUGGUAUAUAUCAAUUUUACAAAAGUCAAUAUGGAUGAGAUGGGUAACGAUGCAGGUACUGCAGAUUGGUCAACAAAAGAAGUCUUUGAUUGGGAACACGUUUAUCUCCAAGAAUUGGAAAAAGCGUCAAAAGAAUUACAAGCACAGAAAAGAAAUAAUACUUAUGCAUUGUAUUACGAAGCCGGACGAAGUUUCGGAGACAUAAGUCAAGAUAGUAUUUUUCACGACGUUGAAAAGCUCAUUGCUGGUAUAAUGAUCAUGUCUAUUUAUGUACAAGUGAUACUCUCCAAGUUCAAUUGGGUGGAAUGGCGAUUUUGGCUAACCAGCGUAGCUCUAUUUUGCAUAGGAGGCGCUUUCGCGGUUGCCAUCGGUCUUUGCUCUCUUUUUGGGGUCCCAUACGGCCCAGUUCACACUUCACUGCCUUUUAUGCUCAUGGGUUUAGGAGUCGACGAUACGUUCGUCAUGAUGGCUGCUUGGGAGGAGGUAAUAUCGCACGAAAAAAAUCGCGACAAGCCAUUACCCGAAAGGGUUGCUUUGGCUUUGAGUCACGCUGGGGCAGCGAUUUCGGUCACCUCACUCACCGAUGUUGUCGCCUUCGUCAUUGGAGCUUCAACGAUUCUACCGUCCUUGCACUCGUUUUGUAUAUACGCAGCCGUAGGAGUCUUUGUAACUUUCAUCUUGCAAGUAACAUUUUUCGUCGCUUUUUUCACGUUAGAUUGUCAGCGAGUGGAGAACAAACGUAACGGGGUGCUACCGUGUGUAACGCACGAAAACUACGUACCAAAAGUGGCGGACGUCAAACAGAAUAUUUCGUGGAGGUUGGCUGAUAAACUGUACACGAAAGUAGUUUUUACGAUUCCCGGAAAAUUAGUCAUUUUAGCCAUUACGAUAACGUUUGCAACGUUUGGUGGAAUUGGAUCUAGUCGACUGGAGCAAUGGUUCGACCCAGUCUGGUUUCUGCCCAAAGAAUCGUACUUGAAUCAUUUUCUCACCGUGAAAGAACAAGAAUUCCCGAAAGUAGGCCACGAAGCUACGGUGUUCAUGAGCAACAUAGAUUUUGUUCAAGAUUUUCCCAAGAUUUUAAAUCUCAGUCGGACUUUGGAGAACGCAUCGUUUACGGAAAAUGUUAAAAACUGGCCAGUAGAUUUCGUCCACUUUUCCAAUGCAAAUUUUAAUAUUGAUGCGGAAAACAGGACUCUACUCGAGGACGAUUUCCAGAAUUGCCUGUCGAAAUUUUUGUUCAGUCGGAUCGGCGGAAAGUAUCAGAGGAAUUUUCGAUUCAGUGGCAACCUGACGUGCGGCGUAAAAGCUCCGCUUAUCGAGAUGGCUAGUAUAGACUUUUCUUUCAGCAAAUUUUCUUCGCCGUACGAAUGGAUCCCAGGAAUGGACGACGCAAAGCGCACAGUAGCUGAAGCCGGUUUCAAGGGUUUCGCAACCGUCUGGAGCGAAAUGUUCGCAACAUGGGUGACAGACAAAGUAAUUUCACAAGAGGUCGUCCGGAAUCUCAUUCUAGCUCUAAUUUGCGUUAUGGGCAUGACUGCCUUUCUAAUUGCCGAGCCGCAAACUUGCCUAUGGAUAUUACUCUGUGUUCUUUUGACUCUACUCGACGUUUGCGGAUUCAUGUAUUAUUGGGGCCUUACAAUUGAUAUUGUAUCGUGCAUAGGAUUAGAAUUAGCUGUAGGCCUGAGUGUGGAUUACGCAGCUCACGUGGCGCACGCUUUUCUUAACGCCGGCGAAAUCGCGGGUGCGAGCAGGAGAGUCGACCGCAGCAGCCGCGCGCUCAAGGCGAUGCGCCACAUUGGUGCUGCCGUACUUUUUGGAGCUGGCUCGACGUUACUCGCCCUCUCCUUGCUGUCGUUUUCACGGGCCUACGUAUUCCGUGCCUUCUUCAAGAUCUUUCUGCUGGUCAUAGUCUUUGGAUUGUGGCAUGGCCUGUUAUUCUUGCCCGUCGUACUUAGCACCAUUGGUCCGCGCAGUUUGCAUGCUGAUUUUCGAAACAAUACUACUAGGAGCGUAGAAAUGACACAAGAAGUGGAGGCUGCAGCAGUGCCGCUAAACAAAGAUGACGUUGUUCAUCAAUAAUAUUUAUUUUUGGUUCAAUAAACAUACAAAAUUAUUACAUUAUUCAUACUAUUAAUCACACAUUUAUACAAAAAUAAUAUUAAACGUCAUUGAAUUAAAAUAAUCUUAGAAAAAAUGUUAUCUACGAAUGGCGUUUGAACGAAAUGGUGAAAAUUAUGUAUAGAAAAUGACAAAAAACUUGAUAUAAUUUAAGGAUGGAAUCGUCAAUCCAUCUGCAUGUACAUUUACAAUUAUAUAUAUAUAUAUAUUUAUGCAUUAAUAUUUAUAUAUAUUAAGAUUACAAAACAAGUACAAAAUAAUUGCUUCGUCCAGGAUUUUCAUUCUUUUUUAUGCGAUAUACAUAUACAGUAAUUUAUAUAUAAUAUCUUCACUUAAUAUAUCAUAAUCUCACGUGAGCGGAUGAAAGGAACAUGACUAUAUAUAUAUAUAUAUAUAUAUCAAUAAGGUGCAUACUUCUAUCUAAGUAAAAACAAACUUGUUUUUUUUUCAUAGCAAAUAUUAUCGAGCUCCCUGUACUUCUGACUUGUGUUGCACAUGCAAAUUUACUUUCUAGCUCUCAUUGAUUCUGUAAAAUUAGGCUGCCUUCUGCAUUUCUUGUCAAGUUGGUUGACUUCUAAAGAAUUUACAGUAAACAAAGAAGCUACAUUUUAAAGAGAAACUGUUUUGCCUCAGUUUCGCAAAUCUAUGACUUGAUCAAUCCCCAACUUACCCCGUAGAUUGUCCGAUUUGCAUUUUUUCACUUCAUGUUCACUGUCUAAUGCAAACUAAAUGUAAAAACUAAAUAAAAUAUCCGCUUUUUCAUUA